AAAUUGACAAGUAUGACAGCUGACAGGUAGCAGCGGCGGCUCGUUGAGAGGGUCGUGGGUGAUUUUGUGACGAUUUUCACGGCUUGUGCAGGUUUGUCACACAGUAUUUAGGUUGAGUGAUUGAAGUUCCGCAUGCCGCGGUGACAUAACCUCAAAAUCAUGGCAAGUUUAGGUGAAAAAAUUAACCGAAUUCUUAAUCGGAGGUCGGUGAAGUAUGGUUUGCCCUUCCUUUUGGUUGUGCUCGGUGGUUCUUUUGGUCUGCGAGAGUUUACACAUCUUAGAUAUCAGUUUUCGAGAGUCUCGCAGGUGAGACCUGAGGAACUCAAAAAAGUGGGUGUUGAAAUGAAGAAACCGGGUGAAGUAACACUAGAGGGUGAAUAUGAGAAGAUUAAGAAGAUAGAUAUUGAUAAUUGGGAGCAGGUGCGAGGACCCAGGCCUUGGGAAGAGGAAACGAGCGAGUAGUUAUUUAAAUAUUUUAUUAGUCAGUUUUGUUUAAUAAAAAAAUAAUUGAAAA